AUGGGAAACACCAACUCCGCAAUGAACCAAGACCCGCCAAAGGUGCACCGGGACCUUUGUGGACUGCGUUACGACAACCGAUACGGAUUCGCUUCGACCGACUUUCGAGGCAUCACAACGACGUGCUUCAACGAUGUCGUGCUGGAGCCGCUCGCAACAUGGGUGCUGCUGCUGGUGCUGCUGCCCUUGCUGACUCUGACAUUGAAACGCAAACGAUCAAGUACCAACACGACUUCGAGGCUGGUACAUUAUCGACCGAGCGCAUACCGAAACGAAACCAAGUUUAGCGGAAGACAUCCGGUCUGGCGCGUCGGUCUGGACGUUCUUUACAUGCUGCUUGUGGUUGCAGCGCUGUUGAUGAACAUUUUGCAGAUCGUGAGACUGGCACUGGCCAAUCGAGGCGUCGGCCUGCUGCCCUUCAAUCUGGCCGGCAUUCUGAUCGUGUUGGUUCUCAUGCACGUCCGCACUCCGGCGACGUCGGCGGUGAGCUUGACGAUCAUGCUGUUCUGGACCAUGCUGCUCACCUUCACCUCCGUGGCGCUGGGUGGCCAAGGCAAGCUUACCGGCAUUGAAGACCGCAAAGGCACUGAAUAUCUGCUGAGCGACGAGAUGAUCGAUGUCGGUGUGCAGGUUGGCCUCUACGCCGUGUUUUGGAUCAUCGAAGCGACGCGACUGGUAAAGAGGCUUUUGGUGGAACGCAGGGGUCUCGAGGGUAGCGCAAGGCUGCCUGAGCAUCCUUCCCAGCAAGAUCCCAUGGCCACCUCGCCUUCUGCUGAGAACAAGGAGACUGUGAGCGCGGCGUAG